CAUAACCAUUUCUCUCUUUUUUCACGACCCUUGAGAAAAAAAUGCAGAUCUUCAGCAAAGUGUUGAGAGAUACUGAUGUCCGUGUUCGGUUCUCGUUCCCAACUCAUUGCUUGCAGCAUUUAGAUUUUGCUGGAAAUAAUUCUGUUGAUUUGCAUGUUAAAGAUAGCUCUGGUGAGCUUCGAGUUAUUCGUUGCCUGAAGAGAAAAGAAGAUUAUGACAAGCCAGUGCUUUCUAAGGGCUGGCUUAAAUUUGUUGCUGAUUAUGGACUGAGAGUUGGUGACAAGGUUGUUCUUCAUCGUGAGGAUGACCAGAACCUGGGGUCACAGUUCAGGAUUGAAGUUAAGAGGAGAAUCAAUCUGUUUGGUGAGGAGGUUUGGGGUGAUGUGACAAGAGCUAACUAGCUGUUAUUUGCAUGGAGCGUCAAUCUGUUUGUGUUUGAGUGUUUGUAGUGAUAAUCAAUGUUCUUAGCAUCAGUCUAAUGAAAUAAAUAUGUUGCUGUUCUUGGUUUCUUGAAUAUGUAUUACGUGCAUGUAAUUCCCAUCAUUAAUAUAUGUACUGAUCUCAAAUUACGUUUCCAA